UUAGUAUGUUGGUAAAUACAAAUAAAUAGGGCGCCGUUUGCUCGUUGUUUUUGUAUUUCUCUUAAACAUACUAACCCUGUUAUAUUCAAUUCCGCCACUUUAUUUUUUCCUUUUGCCCAAGCAUUAAUUUUUUGUUUUUUAAUAACCAUGCAUUCCCCACAACUCCUUAGCUGCAUGUUAAUUUCAUUUGCACUUGGCAAAAUUGCCGCGCUGCCCACGGACAAGCCGACAUUGGCGCUGCAGAUAUCCAGACGAGAUUUAACACAGGAGAGCCGGGACAACCACUUGGUCGCAAUUACCGCGCUUGUAGGAUUUCUUGUUGGAAUCAAGGUUUCAAAGUUUCUGUUCAAUUCUAUUAAAUUCUGUAUCGACGCGUUCACAUAAUGAAAGUAUCUAAAAAUGGACAAACGCUUAAGAAAAUCCAAUUCCGAGCAGUUCCAAGAAAACAUUAUGCACUUUGGAUUUUUUUAAUUUCAGCGACUCGUUUGCUUAGGCGCCCGAAGAGACAAAUCUGGGGCUUUCUGUGUGUGUAGAAACAAA